AUGGCGGCCCCUGGUGAUCAACGGAUCGCUGUUCCUAUUGACGAUCCCAACGCAGACACAGAGUGGAACGACAUCCUGCGAAAACAUGGAGUCAUUCCCGAAAAGCCACCAAGUCCUACUCCCAUGAUCGAGGAGGCUAUUCUCCAAGGGAGAAGACUGGCGCAUGAGAAUCGGCUCGAGGGUAAAGAUCUCGACGAGCUGGACGAGCUAGAGGAUUUCGAAGACGAUGAAUUUCUGGACCAAUAUCGCCAAAAACGAAUGGCAGAGCUCAACAACCUGCAAAAAAAGUCCAUCCACGGCAGCGUGUAUCCAAUAUCGAAGCCAGAUUACCAGCGCGAAGUUACAGAGGCAUCCCAGAAGGGGCCUGUAUUCGUCAAUUUGACGUCGGGUACAGGGACCAAUGUGGAAUCGCGAGUUCUGUCAGAGCUCUGGAGACAGGCUGCCAACGAAUAUGGAGACGUCAAGUUUUGUGAAAUCAGAGCAAACCAAGCGAUUGAGAACUACCCAGACCGGAAUUGCCCCACGAUUCUGGUCUACAACAACGGGGAAAUUGUUAAGCAGGUAGUAACACUAGUGACCCUUGGAGGUGUCCGAACGAAUAUGCGCCAUAUAGAUAAUCUUCUUGUGGAAGUCGGCGCGGUUUCAGAGUCGGAUAUGCGCAUUAUAAAGAGACGGCAAGCUGCCGAGGAUGCAGAGGAAGAACGACUUGCCGGCAAGAGCAUAAAGACUGGCACGGCGGGCCGAUCAAGAAACAAUGAUGAAGAUGACGACGACUGGGACUAA